UGGCUCUCGCUGCUCUGGAAGAGUGGAGGUUCUUCAUGGUGAGAGCUGGGUCACAGUGUGUGAUGCUGACUUUAACCAGCAGGAUGCAGAGGUUGUGUGUCGAGAGCUGGGCUGUGGUUCUCCUGUGGAGAUUCUGGGAGCAGCUGCUUUUGGUAGAGGGGAGGGUCCGGUGUGGUCAGAGGAGCUUCAGUGUAGAGGAAACGAAUCACAGAUUCACUUCUGUCCAAAAUCAUCUUUACUCAAACACAACUGCUCCCAUGAUAAUGAUGUGGGACUGGUGUGUUCUGGCAGUGUGAGGUUGGUAGAUGGUGACAGUCGCUGUGCUGGGAGAGUGGAGGUUCUUUAUAGAGGACAGUGGGGAUCAGUGUGUGGUAAUAACUGGGAUAUGAGAGAUGCUGCAGUGGUGUGUAGAGAGCUGGGCUGUGGAGAAGCUGUAGAUACAUAUCAUGAGUCUUACUUUGGAUCAGCAUCAGGACCAAUCUGGAUGGAUAAUGUGCACUGCAGUGGCUCUGAGUCUACACUGAGGAACUGUGAAUCAGCAGGAUGGGGUAAACAUAACUGUGAUCAUUCUAAAGAUGCUGGAGUCAUCUGUUCAGGAGUCCGGGUGGUUGGUGGUUCUCACUGUUCUGGGAGAGUGGAGGUUCUUCAUGGAGAGAGCUGGGUCACAGUGUGUGAUGCUGACUUUAACCAGCAGGAUGCAGAGGUUGUGUGUCGAGAGCUGGGCUGUGGUUCUCUUGUGGAGGUUCUGGGAGCAGCUGCUUUUGGUAGAGGGGAGGGUCCGGUGUGGUCAGAGGAGCUUCAGUGUAGAAGAACUGAAUCUCAGAUUCACUUCUGUCCAAAAUCAUCUUCACUCAAACACAACUGCUCCCAUGAUAAUGAUGUGGGACUGGUGUGUUCUGAAAGUGUGAGGUUGGUGGAUGGUUUGAGUCGCUGUGCUGGGAGAGUGGAGGUUCUUCAUAAAGGACAGUGGGGAACAGUGUGUGAUGGUAACUGGGGUAUGAUAGAUGCUGCAGUGGUGUGUAGAGAGCUGGGCUGUGGAGAGGCUGUAGAUGCACUUAGUGGUGCUUACUUUGGAUCAGGAUCAGGACCAAUCUGGAUGGAUAAUGUGGAGUGUAGAGAAUCAGAAUCCAUACUAAAGAACUGUAAAUCAGCAGGAUGGGGUAAACAUAACUGUAAUCAUCCUAAAGAUGCUGGAGUCAUCUGUUCAAGAGUCAGGCUGGUUGGAGGUUCUCACUGCUCUGGGAGAGUGGAGGAUCUUCAUGGAGAGAGCUGGGUCACAGUGUGUGAUUCUGACUUUAACCAGCAGGGUGCAGAGGUUGUGUGUCGAGAGCUGGGCUGUGGUUCUCCUGUGGAGGUUCUGGGAGCAGCUGCUUUUGGUAGAGUGGAGGGUCCGGUGUGGUCAGAGGAGCUUCAGUGUAGAGGCAGCGAAUCACAGAUUCACUUCUGUCCAAAAUCAUCUUCACUCAAACACAACUGCUCCCAUGAUAAUGAUGUGGGACUGGCAUGUUCUGGUCACACUCAGGCUCGGCUGAUGAACGGCUCAGAUUCCUGUUCUGGUCGAGUGGAGCUCCAGUACCUCAGUGAGUGGGGUACAGUGUGUGAUGUAAGCUGGGAUAUGAGAGCUGCCAGUGUCCUCUGUGCUCAGCUGAAGUGUGGGAGUGCUGUGGCUGUGUUGGGGUCAGACUGGUUUGGGGAGGGGAGUGGCCGGAUCUGGGCUGAUGUGUUUGAUUGUCAGGGAAACGAAACACACCUGUUAAAAUGUCCCAUUUCAUCAUGGAGUCGAACUGCAUGCUCUCAUGAACAGUAUGCUGGAGUUAUCUGUAGUGGUUCUUCUCUGGCGUCUCAUGAGGGAGGAGUGCGGUUGUCUGGAGGGAUGGAGUGUGAGGGGGAAGUGGAGGUGUUCUUCAGGCAGGACUGGAGGAGAGUUCUGCUGGACUCCUGGAGUGAGUCUGAGGCCUCUGUGGUCUGCAGACAGCUGGGCUAUGGUUCUGUACUCAACAUCUCCAGCUCCUCUUCAUCCAGUCCUGAACACAGCUACAUGUGUGUGACGGGUUUCAACUGCUCUGGGAGUGAAGCUCAUCUGAGGAACUGCAGCAGCUCACAAGCAGUUAACUGCAGCUCCACAGUACAGCUCUACAUCACCUGCUCUGGUACAUCUAACACAGUCCACAGCUCCAUCAGGCUGGUUGGUUCUGGGGGAGACUGUGCAGGAAGGCUGGAGGUUUUCCACAGUGGAUCAUGGGGGACAGUGAGUGAUGAAUUGUGGGAUAUUGAGGAUGCGCAGGUGGUCUGCAGACAGCUGCAGUGUGGAGUGGCCCUCAGUGCUCCAGUACCGGUACCAGCCCGGUUUGGAUCUGGAACUGGACCCAUUUGGCUUAAUGAGGUGGAGUGUGAGGGGAACGAGGCGUCUCUGUGGAACUGCAGAUAUCAGCUGUGUGGAGAGGAUGAAUGUGGACACAAGGAUGAUGUAGGAGUCGUGUGCUCAGAGUAUAAAGAGAUCAGACUGACUGAGGGCUGUGAGGGGAAUCUGGAGGUGUACUAUAAUGGAACCUGGGGGAAUGUGUGUGUAAAUGGGAUGACUGAUGAAACGGCAAAAUUGAUCUGUCGAGAGCUGAACUGUGGAAGAACUGGCAGUGAGUCUUGGUCUAAAGCAAGAGUGGAAUCAGCUCCUAACUGGCUGGAUAAUGUAAAAUGUAGGAAACAUGACUCCACUCUGUGGCACUGUCCAUCUUCUUCCUGGGGGGAGAACAGGUGUGAUAAUCGCAAUGAGGUUGCUUGCAUUACCUGCUCAGAGAAUGGAAAUACACUAGAUUUGACAAAUUGGCUGUGUGAUUCAUCUCCUCAUGAGAGACCGUGCUCAAAGCACAUUCCUCUGAGGCUGAGGGGAGGAGUAGGAAGCUGUUCUGGAUGGCUGCAGGUGUAUCAUAAUAAAACAUGGGGGUCUGUAUGUGGUGAUCUGUGGGACAUCAGGGAUGCUCAGGUGAUCUGCAGGCAGCUGGGUUGUGGGCCGGCGCUGAGUGCUAAUAGAAGAGCUGCUGAUGGUUCUGGUGGAGGAACUAUCUGGAUGAACAGAGUGAAGUGUAGAGGGAAUGAGAUUCACCUGUGGGACUGUCCUCAUUCCCUGAAGAACCACACUGACUGCUCCCACAGUGCUGGAGUCACUUGUGGAGAUUCUCAACCACAGAUAAGAAGAAUCAUACUUCCACAAACUCCUCCACCAGCUGUUCCCUCCAUCUAUCCAGUGUCUCUCCUGGUUCUGGGAUCUGUGCUCUUCCUGGCCUUAGUGCUUCUGGUUGUGCUGUUUUAUCAGAACAGAGUGCUCAGGAGAGUGAUCUCUAAGAGGAGGAAGACUUCAGCUGAGCCUGUCUAUGAGGAGAUUGACACCAGGCUCAUCCCUAAAAGAAUUACUGUCUCAACUGAAAGUAAUGGCGUGUGCGGAGGAUCGUGCUCUCCUGACACUCAGCGAGGAGCUCGUACGUCUGGAUCAGCAGAUCCACCGCCUGCUCUAGAGGCAGUCGGAGCUCCACAGGCAGAGGACGAGGCUGGAGGAAUCCCGCGACGCCGCCUUCGCGGCCGUCUCCAACCCGGUGAUGCCGGCGCGGCGGACCCCGGCGGUCGUUUGCUUCACCCCCGCUCCGGGAGGGGCCUGGGAGCGGCAGCGCGGCCGAGGAAAGCGGGUUUCCCCCCUACCUUCUCAGCCGGAUUUUGCCUCCGCAAACCGGUUUGAGGUCCUCAGCUCGUCGCCGUCGCCUCCUUCACCUCCCACAGCCCCGAGGAAAACAGAUAAGGGCAGUACCCUCAUUGUCGGAGAUUCCA